CCAUCACCAGCCUUUUCUUUUUACAGCUCGAUCCCAGUUCACACGAAGCUCGACUCCUGGACUUGUCCAAUAUGAUCCCUACCACUUCCAAGAUUGCUUGGCCAACUACUACAGCCUCCCUCUGUGAGCUACUCGACAUCGAUCCUGACGUGAAGAAAUGCCAUGCUUUUACGAAGAAGAAUGCUCGUUGCCGGAAAGACAUCAGUCAAGCCAAUUCGGCCCUUAUCACUUGUCUCUUGGAGAAAACAAUUAUUCAUGGAACCUUUUCUGCUGCUCAGACCGCACUCCAAGAAGUGUCUGACUUGAUCAUGUGUCGGCGUUACCAUCGAAAAGAUGGUCCUCUUCGUUUAUCCGACUGGGAGAAAGUCCUUAAGCCCCUUGAAGUUGUGCUUAUCAAAAAAGAAGACAAGGAAGAUACUCUCAAAUCCGAGAAAGAAACAGACAAUGCAUCACCAACCACUCCUGUUGUGUCAUCGCAACAACAGGUUCAACUCAAGAGCAAUACUCUCAAACCUACUCCCACUCCUCGCCGCAGAUCUCAGUCACCCCCUUCCACUCCAACAAAACCGUCCCCAAAGCUCUUCCUACCCAAAUCACCUUCCCCUAAAAGCCCCAAAGCCGCACAUGAGUUCGAAGACUUCUCCCGUCCCCGCUCGGCCCUAGAGACCAAUAAAGCGAUGAAGAAGCUUCUGCUUCGCUCCUUGCAGGAAAAGGAGACAAAGAAUGGAGGCAACAUCUACCUCUAUACAUAUUCUGAGAGCUACCACGACGCACAUCCCUAUAUCAAGAUAGGCUUUGCUCAAGAUGUCAGCAAGCGUAUGCGAGAAUGGAAAUACCAGUGCAGCUACGAGGCGAAAGUGCUCGGUGAGUUUCCGGCCGAGCACUACGUCAAGGUCGAGAAGAUUGUACAUGCUCAGCUCUGGAACCAAAGGAAGCGAGAAAAAGGAUGCCCAGCUUGCAACAUUCGCCAUAAGGAGUGGUUCCAGGUCGACGCUAUGACUGCCUCAAAGAUCAUUGCUCUAUGGACUGGCUGGAUGAGACGAGAGCCAUAUGAUGAAGAGGGCAAUAUCCUGGAUAAGUGGCGUGUUAGAAUUGAGGGCCUUGACAUGGCUGAUCCUGAUUGUUGGGACUUGCUCAUCAAGGGGCUUUUUGAUGAUGAUGUCGAAGAAUCUGAGCUGUCCGAAGAAGGAGAUAGCUUUGCAUGGUCAAGUGAUGAGCAGUCCGAGAUCUCUGGAGAAGAUACUCUCGAGGGCUAUUAUAUUGACAAAUCUGAGAUUUCUUUCUCUAAUGACGAUGAGUGAUAGGGUCGUGGUGUUACGGGACAUUUUGUCACGAUUGUAAGAUAUGGGCGACGAUUUUGGCAUUUUCUAGGAGUUAUGGUGG